AUGCUGGCAAAGUCAUUCACUCUUUCGUUGGCCUGUGCCGCUCUCGCGACGGCGCAGAGCUCCGCGGUUCCCUCGCUCACGGCUUCAGUGGCACCCGCCGCUGAGACUGUCGCUGUCGAUACUACACCCGCAAACGUUCCUUUGUUUAAGGCGGAGGUCGUGCAAUUGACGGACAACGUCGUUGCUGAUAUUCAGAACAACCCCGAUCUCACCAAGUAUGCUUCGCUCUUCGAGUUCGAGGAUAGCAAGAACUCAACCUUGAGUGAUCGCGCGCGCCGUGUCCGCCGAUCAUAUCGUUGCAAGACAAUGCCCGGUGAUUUCCUCUAUCCUGGACAGUUCGUCUGGGGCAUUUUCGACCUGUUGCUCGGUGGGGCUCUAGAGAAGAUUAUUCCCAUUGGCUCGGUCUGCUACAAACAAUCUGAGUACAAUAACUACGAUGCGGCAAAGUGCGCGGCUCUCGUGCAAGGCGUUGAGGCCGAGUCGACCUACUACAAGGACAAUGGUGCUCUGAUGAACCCUUUGUAUUACGGAAUGACUUGCGAUAUCCCCAAUUCUGGAAACUAUGCCAAUGGCACUUGCACUCAAGGUGGAUACUCUGAAUAUGCCGUCAAGGUCAGCAACGUCGCGCAGAUUCAGUUGGCUGUAAACUUCGCUCGAUCGCUCAACCUCCGCCUGGUUGUACGGAAUACCGGCCAUGACUACAAUGGCAGGUCAGUUGGAAAGGGUGCUCUUAGCAUCUGGACCCACAACCUGAAGACAAUCCAGUACAUCCAGCAAUACUCGAGCCCCACAUAUUCCGGUCCUGUAUUCAAGGUCGGAGCUGGUGUGCAGGGCUUCGAGCUAUACCAGGCCGCUGAGAAGUAUGGGGUGUCCGCCAUAGCUGGUAUUUGUUCUACUGUCGGUGUCUUCGGUGGUUACUCGACUGGAGGUGGCCACUCACCACUAAUGCAGCUGUUCGGUCUUGGUGCAGACCAAGUUCUUGCUCUUGAGGUUGUGCUCGCCAACGGACGCUUCGUUACUGUAACUCCCUCUGUCAACAGCGAUCUCUAUUGGGCAAUGCUCGGAGGCGGCGGGGGCACUUUCGGCAUCAUCACCUCUGCUGUUGUCAAAGUCCACCGCAAGGUUCCUGUCACCACGGCCUCCUGGACCCUGAUGACUUCCCCGACUGUCACCCCCGACAAGUUCUGGGAGGCAGUCAAGUUCUUCUGGGAUAGUUUCCCCGCCUACAACGAGGCCAAGACCUACUCUUGGUUCACACUGAUGAGACUCGCUCCAGGCACGUACUUGUGGUCCAUGAACCCUUUCUUCUCCACCGACAAGACCGUUGCGGAGACCAAUGCUCUCUUGAAGCCCUUCUUCGACAAGUGUGCUGAGCUCGGCAUCCAGCUUAAUGCAAACACGACACACUAUGACAGUUUCUAUCCAGCGUACGAUGCCACGUGGGGUAAGAACAACUUUCACGUUGGUCGCGCUGGCGCCACACCAGGCAACCGCAUGCUUCCCACAGAGAACUGGGCGAAUGAGCAAAUCCGUGGCGACACUUUCGCCGCGCUGCGUAAGGCUGUCGACAGCGCAUUGUUGUUGAACGGCUACCACCAGCACCCUGCUGAUGACCAGAACAAGGGCCUCAACUCGGCCAACCCCCAAUUCCGCAAGACGCAGAGCAUGAUCGUCGCCGUUAACUCGAUCACUGAUCUAACAGCUGCGGGGUGGAAGGCUGGUCUGAAGCAGCUGACUGACAAUAUCCUCGGCCCUCUUCGCCAGGUUACUCCUACUGGUGGUGCUUAUGGCAACGAGGCCGAUAUUGGAGAGCCGGACUGGCAAAACGCUUUCUGGGGUGAAAACUACCCGAGGCUCCUGAGCAUCAAGCAGAAGUACGACCCCAGCAUGCUCUUCUACGUCCACCACGGUGUCGGUACAGAGGGGUGGCGCAUCGAGGACAACGGCAUCGUUGGCGUGCAGUCGACGGAUGGCCCUCUAUGCCGCGUAUCGGAAUGGUAGUCGUGUCGCAAAAAGUGCUAUCUUCAUGUAAAUAUUUUAACGCAAUUACACUAAUGCCAUCAUUUGAGGGAUACUCUUAUUCGUGAUCUUGUGAGUCAAUCUUGAAUGGUAAUCCUAGUGAUGAGAGGAUUUUCAAAGCGCCUAUGCUCUAGUUGAGCUAUCGCUG